GCGGCGGGCGCACAGCGGCGCAGAGCCCGCCCAGCAGGCCCAGGCUGCACUGCCAGGCCCCGCCAGGCACCGCCAGGCACUGCCAGGCCACCACCAGCACCGCCACCGCCACUGCGAGCGAGCCGGGCCGAGCGCCGCGGGCCGAGCCCCGCCGGACAGCAUGAAGUAACACUCAGCCAGCGGCCGACUGCAGCCACGGGAGGGUAUGCGGCUGCAGGCCUGGUUGCAGAGAUGCCGGGAGUCCCGGAGGCUGGUCCUCGUCAUCGUGGCCAUCGCCCUCCUCCUCGACAACAUGCUGCUCACCACUGUCGUGCCCAUCAUACCCGAGUUCCUGUACGACAUCAGGCACCCUAAUGAGACAGUGUUGGCGGCCGAGCUGGCGGCCGAGCAGGCUGCCGCGGCUGCAGCGGCGGCGGCGGCAGCUGCAGCGGCCGCAGCUGCCGCGCAGCCCACCGCAGCCACACCUGCGCCGCUGCCGCCGUGCCAGCCACAGGGCCGGCCUCCGGACAACUCCUCGGACGGACAAGACCUCGAGUUCAUCGCACAACCCACCCAGGGCGCCGCUGCCAAGUUCAUCUUCAACUUCACCACCAUGUCCCCCGAGGAGGCGCUCAAGAAGCUGCGACACAAGGACCUGGUGGAGGAGACCGUCCCCGUCGGCAUGAUGUUCGCGUCCAAAGCCUUCGUCCAGCUGCUCGCCAACCCCUUCGUGGGGCCGCUCACACACAAGAUUGGUUACAGCGUACCCAUGUUCGCCGGAUUCAUCAUCAUGUUUUUGUCUACAUUAAUUUUUGCAUUUGGACGGAGCUACAGCGUUCUAUUCCUGGCCCGGGCCCUGCAGGGGUUGGGCUCGUCCUGUUCGACAGUGUCAGGAAUGGGCAUGCUGGCAGAGCGCUACCCGGACGACAAGGAGCGCGGCAACGCCAUGGGCAUCGCGCUAGGCGGGCUGGCGCUGGGGGUGCUCAUCGGACCGCCCUUCGGCGGCUUCAUGUUCGAGUUCGUCGGCAAGUCGGCGCCGUUCCUCGUUCUCUCCGCCCUGGCCCUCGGCGACGGAGUCCUACAGCUGCUCCUACUACGGCCUGGUGUUGUCAAGCCCGAGACGGAACCACCAUCCCUCAAGGCCCUCGUCAGCGACCCCUACAUCCUCGUGGCCGCAGGUGCCAUCACGUUCGCCAACACGGGCAUCGCCAUGCUGGAGCCCUCGCUGCCCAUCUGGAUGAUGGACACGAUGGACGCGGAGCGCUGGCAGCAGGGCGUCACCUUCCUGCCCGCCUCCAUCUCCUACCUGAUCGGCACCAACCUCUUCGGGCCGCUGGGCCACCGCAUGGGCCGCUGGCUGGCCGCGCUCAUCGGCCUCGUCAUCAUCGGCAUCUGCCUCAUGUGUAUCCCGCUGGCCCGCAGCAUCAACCACCUGAUCGUGCCCAACGCCGGCCUGGGCUUCGCCAUCGGCAUGGUGGACAGCUCCAUGAUGCCCGAGCUCGGCUACCUCGUCGACAUCCGCCACUCGGCCGUGUACGGCUCCGUGUACGCCAUCGGGGACGUGGCGUUCUGCCUGGGCUUUGCCAUCGGCCCCGCACUCAGCGGCACCCUAGUCAACACCAUCGGCUUCGAGUGGAUGUUGUUCGGCAUCGCCAUCCUCAGCCUGUGCUACGCGCCCCUGCUCUACAGUCUCAAGAACCCGCCGACCAAGGAGGAGAACAAGUCCCUGAUCCUGGGCGAGAAGUCGUCCGUGCGGUACGUCACCUACCAAAACGAGGAGGAAGAGGAGUAGAGCGCCGCCACCGGACCAGUGGCCGUGCGACUGGGAGGGAAGGAUAGAGCCAGGGGCCGCGCGGGAAGUUUCAAUUCCUUUUCGUUGUUUCGAAGCGUUGCCGAGCCGAGCACCGCGUGGCGUGCGAACCACCUAAGAGCGAGAUGGGGUACACCACUUCCCUCCUUGAUGACCCACGUUCUAUGAAAAUUAUGGAGUUACUUUUGAUUGGGCUGCACCAAAAACUAAAAUUGUGGCCGCUAGAGAGAAAAGUAAAAGCUGAAUAAUUCAUCUAAACUCAACAAAGAGUAAAUUUGUUUGAUAAAGUCGUUAUUACGUUGAGGGCAGCAUUAGACCACUGACUUUCCACUUUUUGACAAUCACAUAGAUAAGGUUGUGCGUCGAGCAAGGUGUUGCAUAGAGCCAGUAAGGUGUUUUCCUUGAAAAAUCUUUUUAAAUUACAGGACAAUUUAUUUUCUCCUGUAAAUAAUAUUUGUGAAUUGUGGAAAAGCUGUCUAUUUCCAAGAGACCAAAAAAUGUAAAAGUAAUAAUGGGUUAUGUUCAGGGUCCAAGCUGGGAGUAAUUUUCUUUCGGUAAGAUCUGCGUUUGAACUGCCAAUUCCUUUAGCGGUACGUGCAGAAAUACGGACGGGAUUGGAGUGGUUUCUAAAUGCGUUGUUCCAACAUUCUCGUGUUAAAACGAUCUUCUAAAAAUAUAAUGGGAGUUGACACCCCGUUCUGAUUCAAUCUAACUUCAUAUCAGCAGUGUCCAUAUUUAUAGUAAUGACGACAUAUCUAAGGAGAGCAGUCAAACUUGCAGCAACCAAGUACCAAAACAUAUCUUUCCUGUAGAAUUCCUAUCCCUUGCUUAAAUUCUUGAUAAGGCAGGCUCCCGGCAAAAAACAACAAAAAACGCCGGACAUAACAAAACUUUGCUCGAUUGGUCUUUUGUUCACACUGGACCUCGCCGAUUCCCCUAAUCUGCAUAUCAGAAGAAACAUGUUUUGGGCUCGGAUACCCAGUGAAAUUUUCAAUCGACCAUUACAGUUAAAUUAUUAGUGCAUGUGUCCUCUUAUCCUUGACUUAAAUUCAAUGAAUUUGGUAUAAUCCUGGCAUUCUUGACAAUAACAAUGGUUUGAGGGAUUGAUUGAUUGAUUGAUUGAUUGAUUGAUUGAUUGAUUGAUUGAUUGAUUGAUUGAUUGAUUGAUUGAUUGAUUGAUUGGAUGCAUGGAUGGGUGCAUGGGUGCAUCGAUGGAUGGAUGGAUGGAUGGAUGGAUGGAUGGAUGGAUGGAUGGAUGGAUGGAUGGAUGGGAGCGUAAUGAGUGCGUGGGUAUUGAGUGGACGGAGAAGCGGGUGAAGGAUGGGAUUAGUGGAUAAGUAAAUAAAGGGAGCUAGCGUGAAGGGCGAGUAAUGAACCAAGAUGACCGCGGGGGAGGGGAGGGGGUGCACAUGGAUGACUGUUCGAUAAAUGGACGAUUGGAUGAGUGAAUGAGAGAUAAGUUGGAGGAUUGAUGAAAGGUGAGAGUGCUGAAUGUGUGCAAAUGAGUGGAAGAAGGAUGAUGGCCGGAGUGGACCAGACAGGAUUGUAGGUAGCGCCUGCUGGGUAGACGGUCCCGCAACAAUUCUGUGGCGCGCGGGCUGGCCUACCCUUCCAUCCACAGGCGCUAUGCACCGCCAGACCCGAUAGCGAAGCGCAACAGCGUUCCGCUGGCAUUUUCCUUUCUUAGGAAAACUCUUUGGGGGAAAAUUUCAAGAUCGUAGGAGGCACAUUUGCGAGAUAGAGAAAGGGGAAACGUACGAUAUGCCAGGGGUGCGGGUCUUGCAGUAAAAAGACAACGAGUUACUUCGAGAUUUUUUUUUUCUGGUGCAUGAUAAAGGAUGGAAGUGCGUAACAUUUAGUAAUUUUUGGAUAAUUGACAUAAAUUGUCUUAAAAUUGAGGGGCUGCCCGUGUAUGACCGUUAAUCGGUAGUAACAUUAUUCGAACGUUCCUCUAAAUGGCCAUAAUUGCUUGGAGGUAGUGCAAUGACGCAUUUUUCAGUCAUUUGGUAAACUUUAGAGUUGUACACGGGCUUUUAUCGUAGAUUUGUUCCUUGGCUGUCCGGCGGUGGUCCACUGCGAGGAAAAUAAAAACGUGGUGCGCAGGUUGGAGGAUCCCAUCCCUGCCACCUGCCAUAGACGGCUCGCCCAUGACACGCAUAUCUAUGGCACGCCCCUGGACGAAGGUCCCCCGUUUCGGUCUCUGUGAAUGGCUGCACAGAGCCGUGAGCUGCGCGCUGCGGGGUUUGAUGAAAAAAGUGGCCUUCCUUUUCGGACUCGUUUUCGGAAAAUUAAACUUAAAUUUGUCCCUCUAUUUUCAGAGGUAGACGGCUUCAAGCCCACACAAAGCGCUUCCACCCCCAACCCCCCAGCCCCCCGUAUUACACGAUUUUGACUUGGCAUCUGCAUAUGGCGGUUUAUUUGUUGCGGCCCUUUCGGCCAACUUUAAUACUGUUCCGUAAAAUAUAUUAUGGAGUGUGGUCAAACCCAACUUGCACCUGAACGCACUGUUACUUUAUCGUCUUUUUCGUUUGUUUGAUUAUUUUAAAGGCACUAUGGCUAGGAACACAAAUCUCGUUUGCUCUUGUGCCUAAUGUUCAAAAAAACAGAUGGUUGGGAUUUUGACCAGUGACAAAAGUUAACGACAGUGCGCUCGGCGGCCCCUGGGAGAUCAGGUCGUCUCUCACCUGCCUCCCAAAGCACUUCAUGGGGUACUCAACGUUACGUACCACCACAGCGCGCGACCUAUACGUGGGACGGUCCUAUCAUGUUCCCUCGCGUACUCACGCGCCAAGAGAACAUUUAUUUUAUUUUUUAUUUUGCGUUGUCCGAUGACAAGCGUACCGUUUCGAUGGUCCCGUUUAAUUGUGUAUUUCGUCUUCUCGUCAUGUUUCUCACUAUUUGUGGACGAUGUUUUAGUUUGUGUUCUAUGCUCCCGGCCCCUCUGGGGUCCCCUCAAGAGCACUGGGCCCCAGGUGGGACAGGCCGGCAUGCUUUGUGACCUGACAAUACACUUCAUUGUCAUCCUCGUCGGAUGGGACGGGCUUGGGCCUGGCCGGCCCCAUGAUGGGCAGGCCGCGAGGCACCUUGUGUCCUGGCACUCUGGCCUGGACUCGACUCGGCGUGGGACAGAGCUGGUUUGGGUCCGAAUGAUGUGACCGGACGUGGCCAACCGACCCUACUCGGAGGGCCCGGCUGUUCAAAACUCUAGUAUUCUAUCGCUAUCAUUGUAUUCUGUAUACUGUUAGGGGAUGUGCCGCUGUGUGGCGCUCAGUGUUUCAAAGAAAUGCUUACACUAAUAUAAUUAUGUACUUAUUACUUAAUGUUACCUAUUACUUCUAUUGUAUGGCAGUUGUAAAGUGGUGUAUUUUUUGCUGAGUUGUGGUGCAUUAAAUCAGCUUGUGUCGA